GAUAUUUUUACUCCCAAAAUUCAUUUUGACAAAUUAAAACAGCAAAAAGAAAUAAAGAUGCUUAGUGUAAGUAUGAAUUUGUUGAUGAUGAGGCUGUGUUUAUUUCUGUUCCUUGUUUCCAAAUUAUGCAACGGUUAUUCAACAAAGUUGAAUUUCUAUCCUCCAACUUGUCAAAGAAUUGAAUGCCCAAAUUAUGAUUUGAUUGAAUCUGGAAAAGACUAUGAAAUUCGCCGUUACAGUUCUCCCAUGUGGAUGUCUACUGCUCCCAUUGAUGAUAUUUCAUAUGUUUCCGCCACCAGAACUGGUUUCCUCAGGCUAUUUGAUUACAUUCAAGGGAAGAACAAUUACCAUGAGACAGUAAAGAUGACAGCUCCAGUUAUCAUUCAAGUGAAGCCAAGUGAUGGACCUUUUUGUGUUUCCUCAUUUGUUGUGAGUUUUUAUGUACCUAAGAAGAACCAGCCAAAUCCACCUCCAGCUGAAGGCCUUCAUCUCCAAAAAUGGGGCAAAACAUAUGUUGCGGUCAGGCAAUUCAGUGGAUUUAUAACUGAUGAUGACCUUCCAAGAGAAGCUGCUGCCCUGAGUGCCAGUAUUGCUGGCACUAAAUGGGCAGCAGCCAUCGACAAAAGCCAUGCUGCAGACAAUACUACGUUGUAUACAGUGGCGGGAUACAACUCCCCCUUUGAGUUCAAGAACAGAGUUAAUGAGAUAUGGUUUACUUUUGAUUUGGACAAAGCACUUGCCAUUUGAGAGGCUCUUGUUACUACUUAUCAAAGGAUACUUGAUAAGUCCCUAGUAAUUUUGUAUCACCAGAAUGCUACAUUAUAUAUAUUGCAAAUAAGAUAUAGAUUGUAUAAUACAAUCUGAUUCUGAGAUUUUGGUGGUUAAAACACCUGUGUUGUCAAUAUCUUUCAACAUAAUUCCAUUAAGCAAGUUAAGGGG